AUGGUUGGAUACAAAGUAGCGCCACAGGGCACAUGCAUUGAGGAGUUGAAGAGGCUGUAUUUGUUGACUGGAGUUGAGCCUCCAGCCUCGUUUAAGGGCCCUUCUGACCUUGUUGAAGUUACUGAAAAGCUCAGGCUUCUCAUGUCUAUUGUCGGAGUCAAGAAGCAAAUGGGCACAGGAGGCGAGUUGGGCAGUACAAACGAGCUUUAUCGGGCAGCCCUGAACAACGAUUGGGAAUCUGUGAAGGAAUUCUACCAGAAAAAUGUUAGUUCGCUGCUAUCUCCUGUAACGGCCUUCGGGGACAAUGCAUUUCACUUUGCGGUGUUCAGCAAAAAAACGGCUCUGUAUUUACUGAAUCUGGACGAAUCGUUAGCAGCACUCAAGGACCGAGAUGGCUGGACCUCUCUUCACCUACUAGCAACCAUGCCCUCAGCUUUCAAAAGUGGAUAUCAAUGGGGCACAUUGAUCCACAGAGUCAUAUAUUUCUGCCUUCCAAUCGGUGAUGAUGAUGAAAAACCAACUACAAAAAUUUCCAAAGGGUGGUUUAAAUUACUGGAAAAAAUCCGUGCACUAGUGAGUAACAUCUUGAAAGAAAAGAGAAAGCAUACACUUGCUUUCAAACUAGCGGAGAGUCUGAUAGAAAAAGAUUCUUCUUGGGAAGAAAACAUUAAUAGGCAGGUAGGCGCAGAGUCUCUAUUUGAUAAGGACAAGUCUUCAAAAGGAGAUUAUAAGCCAAUCCCGUUAAUGCUGGAGACUGAAAAAGGAAUAGUAGAAAUUGUGUACAAGAUACUAGAAGUAUGUCCCCAGCUAGUUGAGCAUUACAAUGAUCUGGGUCAGAACAUACUGCAUGUGGCAAUUAAGCACCGUCAAUACGAUAUCUUCAAUCAUGUGAAAAAUAUGAAAAUACCAAUGACAAGGUUAGUCCGAAAGGUUGACAAAAAUGGCUACACCAUAUUACACCAUGCUGCAGACAUGGAGCCAGAGACUAUAAAGCGUCACCCAGCAGGACCUGCUGUAAAGAAGAUCACACCCGCCAACUACACCAUGUUUAGCGGCAAGCAGGCAAAGAUGACUUGCGAAGAGCUAUUCAAUUCGAAGCACGAUAAACUACUCGAGCAAGCACAGACAUGGAUAAAAGAAACUUCUCAGUCUUGCUCUGCGGUGGCUGUUCUCGUUGCUACAGUGGUCUUUGCAGCUGCGUACACUGUGCCUGGAGGUUCUAAUGAACAUGGGUAUCCAAUUUUCCUCAACAGCACUCUCUUCUUGCUUUUCACAGUCAUGGACGUUAUUGCUUUGGCCUGCUCCUUAACCUCCGUUGUAAUGUUCUUGUCCAUCCUCACAUAG